UCUCAAGCAUACAUAGAUCAUCUGGAUGGAUCGUACUCUCUUGCUGCAUUGCCCUAUAGUCAGAUGUCUGAACUCCUGAACAGAGCUGAGGAGAGAGUGUUGGUCAGACCACACGAACCACCACCACCACCUCCAAUGCAUGGGGCAGGCGAAGGGAAACCGGUACCUCCCUGUGUUAGCCCGGGCGUGCUGCACCCGGCCCCGCCGCCCGUCGCCCCUCCGCUCGCGCAGCCCUCGCCCCCCGUCACCAGGGCUGCCCCGGUGUGCGAAGCUGGACCAGUUCACCCAGGCCCUCAAGGGGAAGCGCAGGGGCUGCCACCGCCGCCGCCGCCUCCUCCCCUGCCUCCCCCUGGCUUUCUGCCCUCCUCCCCUGUCACGGUCGCAGCCCUUUCUCACCCUCCACCCGUCUUGCACCCUCCUCCCACAGCUGUUGUCCCUGGCCCUCACACCCCACUAAUGCCUCCGUCCCCACCGUCCCAAGUGGUCCCUGCUCCUGAACCCAAGCGCCACCCCUCAACUCUCCCCGUCAUCAGCGAUGCGAGGAGCGUUCUGCUGGAAGCCAUACGGAAAGGUAUCCAGCUACGCAAAGUCGAAGAGCAGCGUGAACAAGAAGCUAAACAUGAGCGCAUUGAGAAUGAUGUUGCUACUAUCCUUUCUCGCCGCAUUGCUGUGGAAUACAGUGAUUCAGAAGAUGACUCAGAAUUUGAUGAAGUGGAUUGGUUAGAGUAAAACUAUUACAUUGCUGUACACUGCAAAAUCGAAUGCUAAUGUCCAUUGUGGUGCUUGUUCUUUGAAGGUUUGAUGGUCAUUUCUAGUGUUUUUUGUAUUCUUUUCUUUACAUAAUUAAUCCAUGUUUUUCUACUUUUCAGUUUACAGAAAAACUCCUAGUGCAUCUUUGAAACUAAAUGUUUUACAGUGGCUUUUCUUACACAUCUUUUUGAAAGAACAUACUUUGUUCCAAUAGACCACUAAGUAUUAAGCAUGGGCAGCUGUUGGUAGAGUAGCAGUUUCAAUUUUUUGGCAUAUCUUAACUGUGCACUUUGUGAAUUUUAAGUUAAUGAAGGCAACUGAGAUUGACAUUCCAAGGGCAGCUGUAUGUACUAAUGAGCCUUAUUCCACUUUUGAUAAUGUUUUAAAAACAUUAAGCUAUCAAGAUAUCACUGCCUCGAUUACAUCUGUACACUAAAAGUACAUAUAGUUAGCAGCACUGAACACACUGAAAGGAAAAUGGAUCUUUGGGGGUUUUAUUAUUGUUUUAUUGUUGUUUUUAAAUAAUUAUGGCCUUAUUUGAAUGUUUAGAGAUUCCCUUUCCCCUUCCUCCUUCCCAGGUACAUAUUGUGUGGUACUAUUUUUGCCUGCAUAUUAAAGUUUAAUUUUUUUUUCCUUGUGAAAUCUUCUGACUUAAACAUGCUGUGUAACUUAUGUAACUGUUAAAAUAACAGUUUGAUUUAAUAAAUGGUUCAUUUUAAAUGUC